AUGAGCAACACCAGUCUUGGCCCUGUCAACCAGCAAUUCGACUUCGACAACAUCAUCAACUUCCGCGAUGUUGGGAAAUUCGUAAAUAGACUCUGUGGUUCUCAAAUCUUGGAAGAAGGCGUUCUCUUUCGCAGUGCCAGGUUAGAUGAAGCUUCAGAAAGAGACAGACAACGCCUAUCAGAUGAGCUACAUAUUGCUAGUGUCAUUGAUCUUCGAUCUGGCACCGAGCAUCGAAUGGCAGCAAAGAAGAGGAUGACAGAGAAAAGCCGAAUAGACGUCCUCAAGGACGCUGUCGACGAUGUCGAUCCAAACGUGCACUUGGUCCAAAUUCCAGGUGCGCGACGAUUCCUGAUCAGUCUCAUCGGAAAGGAUUUUGAAAGAGCACUUCUGUGGCGUUUGGGCUGGUGGGAUGUCAUCAAAGCUGCCGCUUGGUCGGCAUCAGGAUAUCGUGAUAGUGCUGCCAAACUUGUCGUUCGCGAAGCCAUGCAGCCACGCGGCCUGAUCGGUCUUUCCAGGGACAAGCUUGAUCACAGCGGUUACGAGAUGAAAGAUACCUUUGACGUUCUUGCGGACUGCAAUAAUUACCCCGUUGUGAUCCACUGUACGCAGGGAAAAGAUCGUACUGGUCUCAUCGUGCUACUUCUCUUGCUCUUGACCGGGGUCGUGCCCGAGGAGGCAAUGUCUGCCGACUACGUCAAGUCUGAGCCGGAACUCCGCGUUGAGUUGCAGGAACGCCUAGAAGAGAUGCAUGAGCUGGGCCUGUCGGAUGACUUUGCUAAGUGUCCGGCUGGUUAUGUGGCGGACAUGAAGAAGUAUAUUGACUCCAAAUAUGGGGGAGUGGAGGCCUAUUUACUCUCUAUAGGCAUCAAUCUGAAGAAGCAGGAGACGAUCAGGAAGAAGCUCAUCGCCUGA